AUGUCCAACGAGGCGAAGCCAUUGACACCACUCUUGACACUCGCUGUAGCAAAAGCUGGCACGAGUGAGGAAGAGCAGCAGACGCAGUCCAUGAUGUACGCGGCUCGUAUGACUUACCUGGACAACUCCGAACAGAGAUCACCUGAUCCCAUGUUCCUCACACGCAAACAAGCUCAAAAGAUGGCCCAGCAGCAACAGGAAGGCCUGAAGAUGCCUCUCAGAAGGCUAGAGAAGAUGAAUACGGCCAGGACAGCCAACGGCUUUACCACCAUAAGCUGGAAAAGGAGCAAAGCAGCGAUGGCAGCACUGGAGAAACACAAGACGUGGAAGCCACGCUUCCAAGCGGGUUGUCAUUUCUACGAGUGUGUUGAAACGGGAGAAUGCCGAAGCGAAGCUGACAGCGACGACGAUGACCCUCCGUUCCCAGAUAGCUUUGCAUUUCUAAAUGAUCCUCGCAAAUAG